AUGAAGACUCACAGCUUGCGGGAUAUGAAGCAGCAGGCGGCUACUGCUGCCAAAGUGUUCAUCCAGAGAGACUACACCAGCGGCACUGUCUGCCAUUUCCAGAACAUGUUCCCUUCUGAACUGGAGAACAGGCUUGAUAAGCAGCAGUUUGAUGAGACUGUGAGGACAUUGAACAACCUGUAUGCUGUGGCAGAGAUGCUGGGAGGCUCGUCGUAUCUGGAGGGCUGUCUGGCCUGCCUCACAGCUUACACCAUCUUCCUCUGUAUGGAGACACAGUACAAGAAGCUUUUGAAGAAGAUUUCCAAGUUCAUCCAGGAGCAGAAUGAUAAGAUCUAUGCUCCACAAGGUCUUCUCCUCAUCGACCCUAAUGAGAGAUGCCUCAGAGGUGUAUCCUUCUACACCAAGCAGUUUUAUAGACAUUAA